AGAAGCAGAGAGGAAAAGAGAGCAUUGCACAAUAUCUUCAACACCAAAGAGAGCUACACUGUCCCACCUACUCCCACCGCUGCAUCUUGCAGGCCACCGUGUUCCUCGAAUCUACCUACACCAUGACGCAGGGACAACAGACAACGGAGAAAAUGGAGAAGCCGGUGGAAAGAAGAUCCUGUUUUAGAAAGUUCCUGAAGAAGAACAUUUUUCUGAUGGCCAUGAUCUUGUCUGUAGUUCUAGGGAUUGCAUUGGGAGUACUGGUGCGAGAAUAUGCUUCCCUCUCCCGGCUCGACAAGUACUACUUCGGCUUUCCCGGAGAACUACUGAUGCGGAUGCUCAAGCUGAUUGUCCUGCCGCUCAUCAUUUCCAGCAUCAUAACAGGGGUGGCGGCCUUGGAUUCUAGGAUUUCUGGAAGGAUUGGCUUACGAGCAGUGGCUUACUUCCUCUCCACCACUGUCAUUGCUGCCAUUCUUGGAAUUGUGCUGGUGGUAACGAUCAAGCCAGGAAUUUCCUAUAAUGUUGACAGCAGUGAGACAACAGAGUCAACAGAAGGGGUUACUGCUGUGGAUUCCAUUCUGGACCUUCUCAGGAAUGCUUUCCCAGAUAAUCUGGUCCAGGCCUGCUUUCAACAAUACAAGACCAGGCGUAAAGAGAUUGAGCUCAAUAAACCACUGGAAAAUACCACAGUGGUGUCUGAUUUCAUCGCUGGAUUGACAAAUACUUCAAAGGAAAACAUAACCAAAGAGUACACAGUAGUAGGCUCCUACUCUGAUGGGGUCAAUAUUUUGGGCCUCAUUGUCUUCUGCCUGGUCUUCGGACUGAUCAUCGGACAGAUGGGAGAGAAAGGGCGGAUUCUGGUGGAGUUCUUUGAUGCUUUAAAUGAAGCCACCAUGAAAAUAGUUCAGAUCAUCAUGUGUUAUAUGCCUGUUGGCAUACUAUUCCUAAUAUCAUCCAAAAUCAUGGAAGUUGAAGACUGGGACAUUUUCAGAAAACUGGGACUCUACAUGGUGACUGUGGUGACUGGGCUGGUCAUUCACGCUGCGAUUAUUCUGCCCCUGCUGUACUUGGUCAUUGUGAGGAAAAACCCCUAUAAGUUCAUUCAAGGAAUGUCCCGUGCCUUGGUGACGGCCCUUGUUAUCUCCUCCAGCUCAGCCACGCUGCCCGUGACCUUCAAAUGUGCAGAGGAGAACAACAAGCUUGACAAGAGGAUCACUCGCUUUGUGCUGCCAGUCGGCGCGACCAUCAACAUGGAUGGUGGAGCUAUCUACGAGGCAGUGGCAGCCAUAUUUAUUGCUCAGCUAAACAACUAUGACCUGGACAUUGGCAAGAUCAUCACCGUCAGUAUUGCUGCCACAGCGGCCAGCAUUGGGUCGGCAGGGAUUCCAAAUGCAGGCUUGGUCACCUUAGUGAUUGUCCUGACUGCAGUGGGUCUGCCGGCCAAUGAUGUCAGUCUCAUUUUCGCUGUGGAUUGGCUGAUAGAUCGAUUCCGUACCGCGACCAAUGUGCUGGGCGAUGCAAUCGGAGCCGGAAUAGUCGAGAAGCUAUCCAAGGUGGAGCUUGAGAAGAUUGACCAGUGUUCAAAUGUCAGUGUGAUCAACCCUUCUCCCACGGAGACUGCGCAAGAUAAUGGUGACCUUAUGGAGAGGAAAUCUUAUGAUAAUGGAGGAUUAGCGCUUGACAAGACUGACGAGAUAUCGGCCACACAGACAUCUCAGUUUUAAAGGCAGAAAUCAGAGCAGAGUUAGAUGAAAUGGCAGAAAUGCUUCAAAUAUUUUUAAUUCAGUUCAG